AUGGAUAAUAUUCCAGUCUUAACGGAAGAAGAUUCUAAAACUCAAUGGCUCACACAAAUUCUUCGUCAGUCACUUCGCAUUUCUAAUACCAAUGAAGUAAUUUCAUUCAAUUCUGAAAUGUUAAAAGGUGGCUGCCAUUUUAACGUAUUAAAACUGUCUUUAAUUUAUUCAGAGCCCAAUAGUAAACUACCAACCUCUGUCGUUUUGAAAACUCUUAAAUGGAAUAAAACAAUUGUGCAGAAAAUUAUUCUUUGUAUUAAAAAAACAUUGAAUGUUGCUGAUCGAGAAGCGAUUUAUCUUAAUUCUUAUGAAGUAGAAACAAGAUUCUAUAAAAUAUACUCGACUGACAUCCAAGGUCUUAGGCUACCUCAAAUUCUAUUUAGUUAUGAAAACCCAUUCCAUCAUCAUUUUGUUAUGGUUAUGGAAGAUAUUUCUCAUUGUGAAAAUGGACAACCACUGGGGUUUUCAAUGAAAGACUCAAUGAUCUGUUUGAAAUACUUGGCUGAAUUCCAUGCUACACACUGGGAUCAUCCAACACCAAAAACCAACGCUAAAUUUUGGGAUAUAGGUGGAUAUUGGACAGGAAAGAAACGAGAAGCCAACAAAAAAGAGAUUAGAAAAGCAUGGGAUCAUGUGUUUCAGUAUUUUCACGAAGAUCUUCAAAUUUCAGAAUCAUCAAAAAGUUUGGGUGUUAGACUAGAACAUAGGCUAGAUGAUAUUGCAUUGAUUAUGAGUUUAUUAGAACCACGCACGCUUAUUCAUGGUGACUUUAAAAUUACAAACAUUUUUAUUAAUCAUAAUAACCAUGAUUUCUAUGCUGAAUCUACUACAACGGAACAUGUAUAUGCCAUUGAUUGGCAAUGGUUUGGAAUAGGCAAUGUAGCUUUAGACGUAGCACAUUUUAUAGCAACAUCUAUUCAUGAAAAUAGCAUACAAAAUUCAUUAGAACUUUUACAUUAUUAUUAUCGAACAUUAUUAGAAAAUGGAAUAUCAGCUGAACAACAUUCAUGGGAAAAAUUUUGGAAAAAUUUUCAACUAUGUUGGAUUGACUUUUUUAUUUUUACUGUUGUAGCCAAAUGGGGAACAAUGAAACCAAAUGACAUUGAAUUAUAUCAAAAAGAGGAAAAAGAUGGUCUACAUUUGCGUUCAUAUCCUCAUAUGAGAAAGCUUUUAAUACAAACGGAAGAAUUCAUAAAUGAUUUGGAAACAUCAUUAUCAUUUAAACAAGAGUGA